UAGAUUUACUUUUCAAAAGUACUAUUACUAUUGAACGAAAGUCGAUAAAAUAAUAAUUUAGUAUUAAAAAAUGGAUAACGUUGGAGCUGAAGUUGGUCAAAAGAUGAGGUCUGCCAUUAAAGCCAAACUUCUAGAAUUGAAUUGUUAUGCGGAUGAUGAAUUGCCUGAUUAUAUCAUGGUUAUGGUAGCCAAUAAAAGAACAAAAUCACAGAUGAAUGAUGACUUGAACCUAUUUCUAAAUACAAAAACCUCAACAUUCGUGGAAUGGCUUCAUAUCGUUUUAAAAAAAUUGAAAGAAGUAACGGUUACAAACCCAGAAGUAUAUAAGAGGGUUACGAAAAGAAAAUCAAAUGAUGGACCCGAUAUCAAAGUAAAGAAAGAAAAGAAGUCUUCUAAAAAACUUGCAGAUAAUAUAAAAAGGGAAGAGGAUUUGAAAAAAUCUUUGACUGAUAACUUACCAAUGAAUGUAAAUAGACUUUCAGAUCAGAGAAAGAUAAUAGUCGUCAGUGAAAACAAAGACCAGGCUGAUGAUGAUUUUGAUAUCCCGCUUCUUUCAGAAGUUAGUUCAUCAAGUGAGGCAGAUUUGAAAGCUAUUGAGAGAAAAAUAAGAAAUGUGAAAAGUAGGCUGGGAAUCACAGUAGACAGCGAUUUGGAAACAGAACUACAAAACAUCAAAUCUGAAAAAGAUACAUUGGAAAACGAAUCACUUCAGCCUCAAGGUACCAGUUCAGAAAAUCAUAGAAUAGUUGAACUAGAAAGUACAAAUGAAUCUGAAGCAGAAGUUGGUAAUGAGCAGCGAAUUGCUGAUACCCAAGAGAAUAUGGAUUUUAGCUUCACUCCUGAAAAAAUCAGGAGGCAUACACCUAUCACUUUUGAUGAGGACCCUCCUCCAAAAAGAAUAUCAAUAUUAGAUAGAUUAGGAAAAAAACCUUUGAAUGAUGAGGCAGAUCUGAAACAACAUACUUCAGAAUACAGAAGACAAGAACAACAUUUUCCCAAACGUUCCGGAGAACCAAGUUCUAAUGAGGAAGAAGACUUCUCCGUAAGAAGAGGAGAUAAAAAAAGUAACAAAGAGAGGCGCGAGGAGAGACAUUCUGGGAAAAAAAGAAUAUCUAGUAGGAGGUACUCACCAGAAUAUCAAAAAGUCAAGUCAAGAAAAUCCGAAAACAGGAAUAUACUUGGUAGACUUUGUGUGAUGUCAAAAAUACACGUACCACAAAAAGAAUGUAAAGAACUCGAAUUGGAAGACGAACUGAAAACAAGAGAAGUGAGAAGUAUGGUACAAGUUAAACCUAGGAGAUUGCCCUCUAAUAUGCAGCAACCAAAUAAGAAUCUACUGCUCAAAGCUGUAGCUGAAGCUCAAAAAAGUGUUGCGCAAGCUACAAAUAGCGGCAUUCGGCAGGCUCUCAAACGAAGACUUGUAAUAGAAGAUGAGGAUGUUCCGAUAGCUCGAAAAUUGUCACACAGUGAAAAAGUCAAACUCAGGAAUAAGAUUCUGGAGAAGGUCUCACAGACCAGCAGCGAUGAUGAAGAAGAGAGAGAAAUGUAUACACCAAAACCAUUAAAAAACGUAGUGAAGGAAACUCCAAAAUAUGUACCUUCAUCUAGAAAUUCUCUUGAAGAACCAGCGGAAUCGGAGAAGAAAGUUUCUAGUUUGAGGCCUUCAAUUAAGUCGAGAUUAGAGCCGAAGAAAUCACCGUCACCAAUAGUUUUCGAUAGAUUGUCUCCUAAAGUGUCUAAUAAAUUGAAUGUACCUGACCGGCUGCCCAUUGCUCGUCCACCGUUGUCCAUUAAAAAUAAGGAAAGAUGCAAAUACUGGCCAAGUUGUAGGCAAGGAGACAAGUGUGAGUUUGUGCAUCCCAGUGCUAACUGCGAGAUGUUUCCGAAUUGUAGAUUUGGUGAGAAGUGUAUAUAUUUUCAUCCUAACUGUAAGUUUGGUACAGGUUGCACAAAAAGAGAUUGUCCCUAUAAUCACAUCGGAAUUACUUCUACUUCGAGUAAGUUAUCCAUAAAGUUGCCUGUAACACAACCCCAGAUCUGUAAAUUCUUUCCAAAAUGCACAAAUAUUACAUGUUCUUUUUAUCAUCCGAAACUCUGCAAGUUUGGAAAAUAUUGCAAAAAUCAAGCUGACUGCAGCUAUUCGCAUGCUCUCUCUGUUAGUAAAACCAACCUCACCUGGAGAUCAAAGUAAUUUGUAAAUAUGUUGUAAAAAGAUUUAUUAUUCGUUAUUCGUGUAUAAUUUAUAUGAAUUUAUGUACCAAAAUUACUUUUAAGAAGGAAAAAAUAAAUAAUUUUUUUCA